UUCUAUCAUGGGAAUUGGCGUGCUUGUUGCUGUCCUACCGUGCCAGCUAGAGGAAGGAAAACGUUUCUCUCAUCUUUUAGAAAAACCUAAAUAGAAAGAGACUUCCAGAUUUAGGUAGACGCUUUAUGUGGAUAAGGAAGUGAUCCAACAUUUUCUUUCCACUUGGUCCCCUACAGUCAGAGGAAGUAACUUUACCGGACUAGACAGUGUAAUGAUUGGCUUCUAGCGCUUCAACCGAGGGCACACGGUCCCCAAAGCUUCCCUCGGCGCGCACUGGAGCGCAGAGCAGAGUGGCUGGCUAGAUUGUGCAACUUUGCUGAAAAGAUGCUCAACUUUCCCCCACGCACGUUGUUCCACAUUGUCGCAAUGGCUGUUCUUACAGCUGUUAAAGUUACCGAUGGCCAAAAUGUUGCCGGUGACACUGGGAUGUCCUCCACACCAUCUCCAGUUUAUCCCCCCAUCAACUUUCAGGUCCUCAAUGUGGACCAUGUGUUUCUGAGGCAGAACAGUCCAGAGCCACCAGGGAACUCCAGCCUCAGGGCUCAGGCUCAGACUUUUCUCAUCACUGGUCCAGGCACUGGGCUCCUCCAGCCAGCUGUUAAUGCUUCAUAUGGCCCCCUUACUGUAGAUGCCCCAGUUCCCCCAGACCUGCUCCUCAGUGGCCGCAGGAUCCUGCCAGUCAUUUUGGUCCGCCAGAUCCGCUCCUCAUCCCCUGUUGCGAAGAUCCUUUUCCAUAUGCCCACAGAAAGCGACAUCAUUGCUGGGAAAGAAAUGAUGAGGUCUGGAGAGGAUAAUGCGAGGAACAGCGCAGGAACCAAGGCAAAGGAUGGAGCUCACUGUGUGACAGCUUAUGCCUUCUGGGAGACGAGGGAAGUGCGUGGGGCAUGCCUGGUGUUUCCUGGUGGAUUCUGUGUGGCGCAGCUGAAGCUUGAGCCCAUUUGGUUCAGCUCGACCAGCCGAUCAGGAAGCUCUACCAGAGAAGCAGCGAAAACAGAAGGAAUUAAGGGCCUUCAGGGGAACCAGGUGGAGGUCUACUUCCAGAGUCAGAGGGACCAGACAGGUCAGUGCAGCCCACAGGAUAGCCUGCAACGAGUAGGUGUGGGAAUGGGGAGAGACUCUGGAGAAUCAGGGACACCGAUGAGGCGGAUUGGAAGUGUAAGUCUGCUCAGAACUCCCCCAGGGAACCCCACCUUCAUUCGGCUGAGGCUGGGAAACGCUUUUGUAAUCCAGACCUCUUCCAAGCCCCUGAAGACCACAGAUGUGGGAACAUUCUACGUUUUCCUGGCUAGUACAUCUACCCUGGAGAAUUUCACACUUAGGGCGUCAGUGAAGACAGGCCUGUCGUUCAAUGCAGUUCGUCCCAGUGACUCAGCGCUGUGGGACAUCGUAGUGGAGCCGGGCACAGGAGUGACCCCCAACACUGUCUCUGUUGUCUGCCACAGGAAGGUUGUUAUCACUACAAAGAGGGGUCUUCUUGAAGUUUUACAAGUGGACUUUGUGCCGAAAGAUGUUUCAGAGCAGGUUGAGACUCAGACUAUCUCCUGGCGUCUGGAAUUGCCAGGGAACAUCAAUGAUGUGGGCAUAAUGCAGAUCCACACAACAAAGAAAGACUAUGUGGGGCUGGCACCUCUGGUCAUGAACACUGAUAUCUUGAAUACAGCUGUACUGACGGGUAAAAUAGUGUCAGUCCCAGUGAAAACUCUGGCUGUGGAGGCCAAUGGCUCAGUCACAGAUGUGACCAACUACACCAGCUGUAGGACUACAGAGGAGAAUGUACUCAAGGUGUCAGAACACUGUGACUAUGUCUAUGUAAAUGGGAAAGAGACAAGAGGAAAGCGCAAAGUGAUGCUCAACUUUACCUAUGGUUUUUUGAGUGCCCAGCUGGAGAUGAGUGUAUGGAUGCCACGCUUGCCCUUGCUCAUUGACGUGGCCGACCCCGAGCUGAGCCAGAUCAAAGGCUGGAGGGUUCCUGUUACCACCAGCAGCAGGAGGUCAACAUGGGACAGUGAGGAAGAGGAAGAGAUGAGGAAGGGCAGGGGCUGCAUGCUUCAGUACCAGCACUCCGCACUCAGGGUGCUAACACCUUUCAUGGCCCAGGCUGACACUGAGUUGCUGCCUGACCCACUAACUGGGCCACAGCCUGCUGAAUACUUCCUGGGUCCUGACUGGCAGGUGGAUGUAACCAGUCUUGUACGCUAUUUUAUAAAAGUGUCAGACCCUGAUAUAGCCUUGGUGCAAGACGGGGUGGUGCUGCAGGGACGGGCUGUGGGCUCUACUACAGUACAGGUGCAGUCCCCACUGACUUCAUCUGUCCUGGCUGAGAGGAGCAUCAGGGUGGUGGAUGACAAAGUCAGUGUUACACAAUUGGGGGUGCAGCUGGUUUCUGGACUCUCUCUGUCCCUGCAGCCCAGCCCAGGGAGUAACAGGGGCAUCAUUGCCAUGGCAACAACACGGGAGAUGAUCACACAGCGCAAACAGGAAGCACUGGUCAGCUGCUGGGUUCAGUUCAGUGAUGGUGCAGUUACUCCACUGGAGCUGUUUGACCACAACAUCUACUCUCUGACAGUCUCUACACCAGAUAAGAGGGUGGCCACAGUACGCCGCACCCCACUGUCCACAUUUGUAGUAGCACAAGGUGAAGGUGAUGGGAAGGGUGUGCUGGUCAGAGUGGAGUUGAGGAUCUGUGAGGAAUGCCAAAAAUCUAAAAGGAAAAGCAAGUUAGCAGUAGGCAUUAGGCUCCUCAAGGUCAGUUUUCUGAGUAACCGUAGAGGUGUUGCAGGACAAGGUGGUGGUCAAAGUGGGGUCAGUAAUGAUGGAAAUAAAGAUUACAAUAGUCAUCUAUCAGAAAUGGAGGGACAGCUCAAAACAAUGGUAACAUCACAGGUAGCCAUCACAGAUAUGGAUAAAUGGUUGGUAACAAGCACAGAACCUGAGGAGGAAGAAAGAACCACCUCAACCAAUGUGCAGCCACAUGUGGUGUGGAUUGGAACUACAACAAGAGCUACAAGAGAUACAGCAUAUAGUAUAAUUCCCACAACUGCCACUACAAUUAUGAGCACACUUAGCUUAAAUACACUGAGCAUUACCAAACCUGUUGCAACAACAGUUGGUAUUGUUAUUGGAGGUAAAGGGCAGAAAAGCAGCUAUGGAAACAUGCUUGACAUUCCCAAUCCACCCUCCAACAAAGACAUUCCUAAAGCAGAACUGACACCCAAAAAGGAGUCUCCUAAAUAUAAAACCCCAAAAGUGAUUGAGAGUGAUCUCAUUAGGACUUUUAGAGCUAUGUCAGACAUGGAAAUUGGCAUGUAUGCCUUGGUGGGGGUCUCCUGUGUAGCCAUCUUGGCUUUUUUGCUCAACUGUGCUUCGUAUAAACUCUGUUCCCGGAAUCAAAAGACCCCUGUACAAGGAGACCCAGCACCUAGUGGGGACCCAAAGGAUCACAAGCAUGACUGGGUAUGGCUGAAGAGCAACAAUCACAGCACUCCUGCCUCAGGUGCCCAAGAUCAAGUAUCCACACUGAAAUGUGAAGAUCACAUUCCUCUGGAGUCCCAUCAUUCCAUAGACUCCAAGGGCCACCGCAGCCUGAAGAGUACCCUCUCUACUGUGAGUACUCCUGCUGUACCCGAAAGAACCGCCACCCUUGGCCGCAGCAGAUCCAACUCCCAGCAGCAGCAAAUUCAGAGCAAGGCGAUCGACCCCAUGGCAAACCAUUCAGCCACCUUACUGGCCAGGCCUCACUGCUGCGAACCACUUCAUUCCCCCACCAGUAAGAGAAACCAGGUCCAGUUCACCACUUUCACCACUUUGGAUUCCAAGCACUUGGCUGCUCUGAAGAAAAACAGUGUGGAUGUAAACUGGGCCAACCAGCAGCUGCAGCAGCACCAGACCACUGCUGAGCCCCAGACACCUUUACCUGACAUGCCAUGGCCUGUAGUCAAAACUGUAGGACAGCUCCAGUGAAUUUGUUUGGUUGUGUGUAUGUGUGUGUAUGAGUGAGUAAGAGAGAGGGCUAUAAUUAAAAGAAAAGAAGCUGGCUUUCAUUUUAUUUUUUUCUUGAUAAAAGAUAAAUAACUUUAAAGGAAGCAUUUAGGGAGUUUAGCUAAAUGGCAAUUUAUAGUAUGUAUCUAGCCACAGGGGUUCACGUCAGUGACUCCUGUGCUGGUCCCCAGCCCAGAUAAAUAGAGAGGGUUGUGUCAGGAACGGCAUGCGGUGUAAAAACGUGCCAAAUUUAAUCAUGCGAAUCGGAUUUGCUGUGGCGACCCCUAAUGGGAACAGCCGAAAGUAGAAGAAGAAGCUAAAGGGCACUUUAUAUUAAAAAAAAAAAAAGUGUGUGUUCACUGCAAGCCUGUAAAUACACUAUAAUAUGUCAUGUUGUACCAGUGAAGACCAACAUUAAGAGACACUGUGUUCUUUCUUUAAGAUUAAAAGCAAUUUGCAACCAGUUUUUAUCUUCUAGAUGUCAGGUCUAUUUGUAAGAUGUGUUCUAGAUUGGACCCUGUAAAUAUAUAUACAAUAUAUUUGUAUUGUUACCUAUUUCUAACACAAAACUAAAUUUUCAUCUCCUCCUCCUUGUAUAUUUCUGUUGCCCCUGUAGAAACAGUUCCAGAUAUUGCUAGUUGUCAGUGUAAAUGCAGUAGAGGAGGGAUUAUUUCUUCUAAGUAAUCAUAUUCUUUUCCAGCCUUUUGUACUUUUUUCCAGGAUCCCCCCCAGAGAAUACCUGAAGUAUCUGUGCAAUUUGUCAGAGAAUCCGCAACAUUUAUCAGGUUAUUUUGAGCAGUCUGUCACUUUACCAGAUAUUUAUUCAAAUCAAAUGCAUGCUAUGCAAAUAUAGUCUGUGCAGAGUUUGAGGUGGACAUUGUUUUGGAAUUUUUAACAAAGUUAUCUCGAGCUUCGGGCUUCUCCUGGGAGGCUGGUUCUACAAUUUGUAAAAAUGUCUAAUCUUGGUCUCUUGACUCAGAGCAAUACAUAAUCAACUGUGAGAUUUUUUUAUGUAUGAAUGAAAAAUGCUCAUGCCUUUUCUAUAUAACAUUCUCUUGCUUUAAAAAUGUGAUGUUUAUUUCCUAUGAAAU